AUGACUUACGAUCCGCAAACUUGGGACCCUAGACUCAGAAACCUCCCAGCAUUUACAGAUCAUCGCAUGUCAGAAGGCGAUAUUUUUCGAGGUCCGUCUUACAGGGAGCGCUUCUUUAACCGUGCGCCGUCAUUUCGCAAUCGAACUUACAAUAUUCCGGUGAACAUUGAAAGGUCUCCAUCAGUGCCACCGCCUCAUACUUCAGAAAUUCACCGUCCAGAAUGGGUAGGCACAACACGACCCAUGACAGACUGGAACACGUCGUUUCCAUCGGAGCCAGACGUGCCAGGCAACAGAGCUCAUUUUAAUGUAACUGACGCUGGUGAAGGUAACGUCUCUGCAGAACGCGCGAGGAUUUCUGCGAUUGACGUUCUGAGCGAGGAGAAUGGCCGAUCACAUCAUACAGGACAAUACGACAUGUUACAGGGAGGAGGGCUGGUAAUUAGGAGAGGACAACCUUUCAAUCUUAUUCUACACUUCGACAAAAAGUUCAACUUCAAGAAAAAUACUAUCAGAUUGGUUUUCAAAGCUGGCACAAAUCCAAAGCCUGGGAAAGGGACCCAUGUUCAGUGCCUGUUGCAGUCUGAACGGAAAGCCGCCGGUCCCAGCGAAUGGACCGCCGUUCUGAAGGGCAGACACAAGGAUUACGAGAUUGUUGUCUCAGUAACGCCACCUGCAGACUGUAUAGUAGCAGAAUGGCGACUCACGGUGGAGAAUAUCUUGCCGGAUUCCGUAAAGCCUAAAGCACUGAAGUAUUCCCUGAAAAAGAGCAUAUUCAUACUUUUUAACCCUUGGUGUAAAGAGGAUGAUGUUUACUUCCCGGAUAUGAGCAAACUAAACGAAUAUAUUCUAAACGAUAGCGGGGCUAUCUUCAACGGCGAUUCCAAGUACAUCGACAAAAAGCCGUGGUUUUACGGCCAGUUUGAGUCCGGGAUUCUGGAAGCUUCCCUGUUGUGUGUUCAGCUAGGAUUCGACUCUCUUUUCGGUUACGCCAUGUCUAACCCAAUCCGAGUGUCCAGAACAAUCUCCAAGAUUGUUAAUGUCAAUCAGGACAAUGGGGUGUUGGUGGGAAACUGGAGCGGCAACUAUAGCGGUGGAAAGAAUCCCUCUUCUUGGAACGGAAGUGUGUCCAUCCUACGACAGUUUGUUAACUCAAAGAAGCCGGUAAAAUGGGGGCAGUGCUUCACAUUCGCAGGAAUCGUGACCACAAUUUGUAGAGCUCUAGGAAUUCCGUGUCGCGCCAUCACGAACUUCUCCUCAGCCCAUGACACAGACGGUAACAUUAAGAUAGACGUAUACGUAGACGCAACCAGACGAGAGGUGGUGCCACCGAACCAUGAGCGGGAGAGCAUCUGGAAUUUCCAUUGUUGGAAUGAGGCUUGGAUGGAACGGCCCGAUCUUCCACCAGGAUAUGGCGGAUGGCAGAUAAUCGACGCAACUCCGCAAGAGGAAAGUUCCGGUUUUAACCAGUGUGGCCCAGCAUCACUUAAAGCUAUCAAAGAAGGCAGGUGUGAGCUUCUGUAUGACACACCGUUUGUAUUCGCUGAAGUGAACGCUGAUAAAGUUGUCUGGGCUCGAGGUGAAGGCGGUAAAUGGUCCAUAGUUAGUCUAGAUCCAGCAGCAAUAGGCAAAAAUAUCAGCACUAAAGUUCCUGAUGGACUUCCAGUUAGAGGAGACAGGUCUAGGAUUCGUGAGGAUGUUACAAAUGAUUACAAAUACCCAGACGCAUCUUCCCGAGGAAGACUUGCAGUUAAGAAGGCCAGUCGUUCUCGAAAUAGUGCUACUUCCUACAUCAACGAAGACAAAGUGGAAGAUGUUCGGUUCCAUGGUUUUGUGGACAGAAAUUACAUUAAUCUGGGACAAGACUUCGUCGUGAGUUUUUCUUUCACCAACACUGGGACCCAGAAUAGAACGAUCAACGCCAAGAUGAUGUGCGAGGCGAUCUUAUAUACGGGGUUGCGGCACCAAAAAAUCAAGGAGCAGUCCUAUCAGAUACCGGUUCCACCUUCAUCCAAUGGGGAGAUGUCUAUGGAAAUCCUGGCCGCAGAUUAUCUGAACAAAAUAAGUGAAAAUGUCGCCCUUAAAGUGUCUGUUGUGGCUGAAGUUCAGGAAACGGGACAGAUUGUGACUUGGGACGAUGAUUUCAGACUUAGAAAACCGGAAAUGGACAUUCAGGUGCUGUCUUCCUCGGUUGAGAUUAACAAGUCAUUCCUGUGCCGCCUUCGAUUCCGAAACCCGUUGAAUUCUAUUCUAAGGAACUGCUCCAUUAGCGUGGACGGACCGGGGAUAGACGGGGACUUUGACCAGAGAAUCAGUGACGUCGCAGCACGGACCGAGUGGGUGGCGGAAAUGACGAUGACUCCUCGAACACCUGGCCGGAAGCAAAUUACUGUGACCUUCAACAGUGACCAAAUAGAUGAUGUCAAUGGAACAGUUGACGUGUUGGUGUCCAUGCCUAAACACGGAUAUCGGUUUGAUUGUUUUUAACAGGCAGAUCAACAUCAACAGUGCCAAAACGAUCAAAGGAAAUUCCCCAGUAAACCUUUAAUAUCCCUGUUUUAUAAUUAAUCAAGCAUCGCAAAUCGUACAUGGAUAGUGUCAAAAUAUGACAUUACGAAUUCUUUUCAGUGUAAAUUCCCGACAAUUAGCAAUCCAGAUAUCUCAACAAAAGCUUUUUGGAAACACUGAAGUCUUGUAAUAAUGCACUCUGCUGUGUAAUAUUUUCUACAUAAGUCGGUAUUUUGUUUCAGUAUUUGUCUUUCAUGCUGAAUAAGAAUACUUUAUGCUUAGGUUUCAUGCUAUAGUUUUAUAUCAUGAUAGCUUGUAUUUACAACAGUGGGGCGAAAAUGAUCUGUACAUUUGUAUUGUAUUUUGUUUCUUCUUCUGCUGUGUAAACAACCAAGUAAUAUUUCUAUAUCUUAUUGUAUCUCGAUUUAUAACAAUUCAACAAAUAAUUCACAUAGAAUAAACUUUUGAAACCAAUUUCUGACAAUAUAUGUAUUCAACGGUGUACUGCAAGUACAUGCAUAUGAAAUUGCAGUACAAUCGUAAUGACGUCGAUAUAUGAAUAUAACUGUCA